AUGGCUUUCCACCUUACCUUUAGAUCACAAUCAGUAUCAAGCCAAGGACCACCUUUGGUGGAGAGAAUAUCAGAAGAGCCUUUGCCUUUGCCUAACAAAACUGCUCAAAGCACGGUGACAUACAUCUACCAAGCCAAUGUUGCAGGGUGUUGGAGAAACGUGUCAGUGUUGUGGUGCAAAAACCUUAUGAACCACACGUUUAACCUCAAGAUUGAUAACACAGGAGGUGAGUUCAGUUAUACUUGCAAGAUAGACGUCAAGCCGUGGUACUUUUGGAACAAAAAAGGGUACAAAUCUAUGGAGAUUGAUGGUCACCAGGUGGAGAUCUAUUGGGACCUCCGUUCGGCAAGAUUCUCCGGUGGCUGCCCCGAGCCGAGCAGCGAUUACUACGUGGCAAUGGUGUCAGAGGAAGAGGUUGCAUUGUUGCUGGGGGAUUACAAGAAGAAGGCCUACAAGAGAAUGAAGAUGAGGCCUGGCAUCGUUGAGUCAGUACUGUUGGUGAAGAGAGAAAGUGUUUUUGCCAAGAAAAGUUUUGCAACCAAGGCCAGGUUUGAUGAGAAGAGAAAAGAGAAUGACAUUGUGGUGGAGAGCUCAACAAUUGGGAACAAAGAGCCUGAGAUGUGGAUCAGCAUUGAUGGGAUUGUGUUGAUUCAUGUCAAGAACUUGCAGUGGAAGUUUAGGGGUAACCAAACAGUUUUGGUCAACAAGCAACCUGUGCAAGUGUUCUGGGAUGUGCAUGACUGGUUGUUUAGUGUGACUGGCCCAGGGCCUGGCCUUUUCAUUUUCAAGCCAGGGCCUGUGGAGGCUGAGAGUGAAAGAGAGGAGAAAGGUAAUGAGGGUUGUGACAGUGACAGUGGUAGUUGUGCCAGUGGCUAUUAUUCAACCCUCAGUUAUGCUCCCUCUGACUCUUGUCUUGUGCUUUAUGCCUACAAACUUGAGUAA